UGUACAAGAGUAGGGAGAGAUAGAAAGUAAGUAGUUGGAUUGAUACCUCCCCGUCGACUCUAAGUAGCUGUAAAGUCGAUGCCGUUUGUCCGUCCUAAUCUAUUAUUAGAGUAUCGCAUUGGUUUUCUCCCAUGAAGAAUAUAAACUACUCCUGACAGAGUUUAUUAAACAGCUUGACCCGAUGACCUAUCACGCCGAGGCCGCCGGUGCUUGAAGUCCGCCAUCGAUCUACAAUUGCUUCUGCUGUGUGUCUGCUCGCUUCAUUUGUUAUAUUCGUAUUCCUUUUUUAUCGAAAUUUCUUCUCGUGACCGAAGUGUAGAAUUAUCGAUCGUUACUUUGUGAGGAUAUUAUUUGCCAUUAGUUGUGGCUCGAGGCUCAAUAAUUUCACGGAUAAAUUACAAUCUCCCUUUGGACACAGUAAGUCGCCGAUAAUAAUAAGUGCGACAGUCAUUGUGGGGCACAGGGGGGAUGGGUGACAAGGUGUAGAAGAUUGAUGGUAGCCAUGCUUGAGUUUGUAAAUAAAGCCAUUUUGGUUGAGAUCGCGUGGUAAUUCGGUCGUGGACGUGGUGGCGGCUCAAAAUUGAAGUUAUGCUUUGCCAUUGCUCGCUUUUAUUGCAAUUCACCUGAAUGUUGGAGAGCGUCAAAAUUAUAAAUGCGGAGCGCCAAGGAUUCUUGAAAUGACUCGCUUGACUUUUACUGCAGAGCCGGCCGUUUUUUGUAUAAGCAAACAACGAUCGCGAUAAAUUUCUUGUAAUACGUCGAAACUAUAUUUCAAUAAUGAUGCAAGAGAUAAGGACUUUGAAGGGACUUUUUCCCGAACCUAGUAAGGCGUAUUAAAAUAUAAAGAACAUUAUUUUGUCGUUGGCUUAAUGUCUGUCGAUUUACUUUCAGAGCCUCCACAGCGUAAAAAUUUUAUUAAAGAGAAUGUAAGAAAUUUGCGCCGAAUGGAACAACUUUUUCAUUCUAAUAGCAAUAAUAAAAGUGCCAAAGAUUUAAAGCUACCGGUUUUAAAGCAGAGAAAAUUUUCAAGUAAAUUUAAUGGAAUUGGCGAUAGCCAGAUCGUUAAUAGUAACGAUGCCUUGCAAGAAUUAAAUACGAAUAAAAACGUUGAAAAUGAAAUGCCAAGAUUAUUCAAUCAAAAGUUGUUCAUCGAAGAACAAAAGAACAAAAAGAAGACUACUCGUGUACUGUCGAAUUCAAAAUAUAUCUCGGAGAAAGAAUCGAGACCGUUCUUAAAUGGAAAAAUAAAAAAUCACUAUUGCAGGAAUCAGGUGGAUAGUAAAAGUAGAAAUCGACAUAAAUUGAAAGCAUACUCUGAGAGUAAUGUUAUACAACAAACAUUGAACGAAGUUGUUACUAAGGAUGAGAUUGACGCGACCAGUAAAAGUCAAGGUGUCCAAACGUUGGAUGAGAAUGAUUUGAGCAGCUUAUAUUCAGAAGGCAUUAUAAGAUAUCCAUCGGGAAGAACUAAAGAACAACAAAAAUCUUUUACUAAAAGCAACGAAACUAAAGUACAAGAAACCAGUAACGAUGUGAUUAAAAAUACUUCAAACUCUGUGUUAACUGACAAAGUUGAUCAUGUUAAAGCCAGUAAAGAGCGUAUCUCUUUGGCUAGCAAACUUGUAUCUCAACUUAAUAAUGGUACUGUACCACCAAAUUAUCGUGUUGGAGUUGUCCCAAAAUAUAUUAAAGAAAGAAAAGAAGCUCUGCAAAAAAUAGAAGAAGCCAAAGCUGCAUCCAAGAACGUUGAUUGUCCUAGUGGUCAUGUUCCUGUUCCUGAUAACGAACGCAAGCAAACCCUUAGUAUAUUAAAGAAAAAUUAUCAAGAAUUUGUUAAUGAACUUAAUAUGCUGCCAAUUCGAACAGACACAUUGAGAUCUCAUAAAAGAAAAAUGGAAAUAGAAAAACAAUUGACCAAAUUGGAAGAAGCGAUUAAAAUCUUUUCUAGGCCAAAAGUGUUUAUUAAAAUUGAUUCAUAAUCGUUUAUUAAAUG